GCCUUCCGUAACGGAAGUUCCGCCCCUUUUCCCCCCUCGCUUGCCGACUGUCAUACAGUCAGCCAUCUGAGCAAAGAUGCCACGCAAAAUUGAAGAAAUCAAAGAUUUCCUGCUCACAGCAAGGAGGAAGGAUGCCAAAUCCGUCAAAAUCAAGAAGAACAAGGACAAUGUGAAGUUCAAGGUCCGCUGCAGCAGAUACCUGUACACAUUGGUCAUCACAGACAAGGAGAAGGCAGAGAAGCUGAAGCAGUCUCUUCCCCCAGGCCUGGCUGUGAAGGAGCUGAAGUAGAUGUCUCACUUGUACAAAGAUGGAAAUUGUAAUAAAAAUUGAGAAAAAAUGAAA